CAAUUAGUGAGCACGCGGUGGCUGCUUCUCGCGGUUAGUGCAGUUGGGCCCCCAAAAGCCGAACAACCAGCCAACUGACUGACUGACUGACUGACUGCGCGCGAGGAGGAAGAGCCCCCGAACCAACCAACCAACAAACAGAGAAGAGAGAAGAGCGAGCGAGCGAGAAAGACCGCUAAUCGCGAGAGACGAGAACAGAGCCAGCUGUCUCGCCGGAGCAGUUACUUGCAGACACCUGAGCGCUCCGCUUUUGGACUUUCAACACUCGCGAGCGGCCGCCGACAAGGUGUUGCUGACAAUAUGCUAUUGAGAAUACUAAUCGUCACGGCUCUGCUCGCCCAGGGCCUGGUUGGCGAGGAAGUCGCGGACAGCGAACCCGAUGCGUCCGAAGUGGACAGUCCUUCGGUGGAGGAGGAGCAUCGUCUGCCGAUUGCGCAGCCCAAGGUGAGGGGCCCCGACCCAGCCGGUGACAAGAUCGACCUCGGACCCCUGGGGCCUCUCGGCUCCUUCGGCGGGCCCCCUCUCUCUGGGCCCCCUGACGCGUGGACUGGAGACAUGCCCAAGAUUGUGCAGCUUGACGUCAAGUGCGAGAAGAACUUCAUGAAGGUUCUGCUGGCAUUCGACAAGCCGUUCUACGGCAUCGUCUUCUCCAAGGGCCACUACAGCAACGCCAACUGCGUGCACCUGCCGUCCGGUCUGGGCAAGUCGUCAAUCAAGUUCGAGGUGGGCAUCCACGCGUGCGGAACUCAGGGCAACACGGAGAACGGACUGUACGGCUACGGGGCCGACUCGGGCAGCGGCACCUACUUCGAGAACACGAUCGUGAUCCAGUACGACCCGCAGGUGCAGGAGGUGUGGGACCAGGCGAGGAAGCUGCGCUGCACGUGGCACGAACAGUACGAGAAGGCCGUCACCUUCAGGCCCUUCGCCGUCGACAUGCUCGACGUCGUCAGGGCGGACUUCGCUGGCGACAACGUCGGCUGCUGGAUGCAGAUCCAGGUGGGCAAGGGUCCCUGGGCCUCCGAGGUGUCCGGCCUGGUCAAGAUCGGCCAGACGAUGACCAUGGUGCUGGCCAUCAAGGAGGACGACAACAAGUUCGACAUGCUCGUCCGCAACUGCAUGGCGCACGACGGCAAGCGGGCGCCCAUCCAGCUGGUGGACCAGCGCGGAUGCGUCACCAGGUCAAAGCUUAUGUCCAGGUUUACCAAGAUCAAGAACUUCGGUGCCAGCGCCUCCGUCCUCUCUUACGCACACUUCCAGGCGUUCAAGUUCCCCGACUCGAUGGAGGUGCACUUCCAGUGCACGAUCCAGAUCUGCCGGUACCAGUGCCCUGACCAGUGCGCCACGAACGACCACGUGCCCGACGAGCUGUACGGACCGCCGGUGGACCACUACCUGGCCGCUGCGUCGGCGCCCGUGGCCGCCGGCAGGCCGAGGGACGAGCGGAGGGCGCGUCGCGCCACCCCCGACGAGCAGGAGGAGGUGGGCGUGCGCAAGGUCAUCAGGGUGGUGUCGACGGGCGACCUGACCUUCAGCCUGGACGACGACCGCAACGAGACGAGCAGCAGCACGCUCGUCUUCCCCGUCAACCCCGUGGACAAGGGCUUCGUGUGCAUGACCACCCUGGGCUUCGCCUCCACCCUGAUGGUGCUGCUGAUGGUUCUGCUCGUCUCGUGUCUGCUCUCGGCCGCCCUCUACUGCAAACUGCGCCCCGUGAAGAACGUCGUGCCCAAGCACGGCCGCGCCUACUAGCCACCCCCUCGAACCUCUCCCCCGACUGAAUUUACCGCCUGUUAAGGACAACACGAAAUUUCUCUUCCUUAAUUUAUUUAUUUAUUUAUUGUAAAUAUCACUAUACUUGCGAGAUUGAUAUUCAAGUCUCGCCCGCACCUCCUCCUCCCCCUCAUUUCCCUCCGUUCUGUCCACGAUCGAUUUACGUAAUCUCGGGAUUUCUCCUUCUCUCUCUCUCUCUGAAAUAGAGCACGCCGGGGGUGAGGAAAUUUCGCAUUUUCCUCGCCGCCGACGUGGUACGCGUCGUUUUGCUCAAGGUUAGUCGCGAAAUUGCAACUCCCUGCGGCCUUUGCCGGUGAAAAAGGCCGCGCGAGUGCAUCUCAAUCUGCAACACGCUGCCCCGGACGAGUCGGCCUCGUCGGGCGGGCGGCUAUCACGUAGCUGCAGUUUUAGUUUUUUUCUCAAUCGUCAGCAUGUGCGUUUACAUUUUACCGCAAUCGCGUGCAUUUUUAACCUUUAAUAGCUGUGCGUCGUCGGUCUCUCUGCUGUCUGUCGCUCGCUCGCAGCGCCAUCGCAGAGAGUGGUGGUUGUUUUUAAUGGUCAGGUAAAUUUACUCUCGUGGGCUGCUCGAGCAGCCCGCGAUAUUAUUUAUUUUUUAAUGCAUCUAUCUAUUUAUUUUUAAUGCUAAUUUUAACCGAUCGAAAAAUCAGAUGCCGGGAGGAACAACAACUACUAAUUUUGUCUCUUGCAUAAAGAAAAAGUGCUCAAUUUUGUCGGCAACAGGAGCAGCCGCCGACAACACCAAGUUGCCAUGUGUGUUUUUAUCGGACUUAUUUGGCUUUUUUGCAUUGAUUCACACUGAGAGUGAUGUAAUGAUACACGAGAUUGGAACAGAGUCACAAAGAAUAAAGAACGAACACUUAAAUGCAUUGUAAGUACA